UCUUGCAACUAACAUAUAGAAAUAUCUAUUUUAGUAGCUUUUGGUUUAAUAAUUUCAUCAACUUUUUACCAAUAACAAACAUCAUGUCGCUGUCGCAACCGCGUCUGCGUUUGCGUUUUCUCUCUAUACUCUUACUAAACUGUAUCGUCUUCGCUUCAAACUUCUUGAUAAACAAUGCUCUUCCUUGUCGUCCCGACCAGAUCCAAGCUCUAAUGCAAUUCAAGAACGAAUUUGAAUCCAACGGUUGCAACCGCAGCGACUUUCUCAGCGGAGUCCGGUGCGAUAACGCCACUGGUGCAGUCACGAAGCUACAGCUCCCAAGUGGCUGCUUCACUGGAACUCUCAAACCAAACAGUAGCCUCUUUGGAUUUCAUCAUCUUCGUUACCUUAAUCUCUCUCACAACAACUUUACGUCUUCUUCUCUUCCUUCUGAAUUCAGCAAUCUCAACAGAUUAGAGGUUUUGUCUCUUGCCUCUAAUAGCUUCGUUGGUCAAGUUCCUUCAUCAUUUAGUAACCUGGUUAUGCUUACCCAUUUAAACCUUUCACACAACGAGCUCACUGGUAGUUUCCCACAAGUAAGAAAUCUCACCAAGCUCUCCUUUUUAGACCUUUCUUAUAAUCAGUUCUCAGGAACCAUACCUUCUGAUUUACUACUCACUAUGCCUUUCUUGUCUCAUCUUAAUUUGAAAGAGAAUCAUCUCACUGGUCCUAUUGAGGUUCCCAACUCUUCUUCUAGGCUAGUGUAUUUGUCCCUUGGGAAUAACCAAUUUGAAGGACAAAUCCUUGAGCCAAUCUCAAAGCUCAUCAACCUUGAAUACCUCGAGCUUUCUUCCCUAAACAUAAGUUACCCAAUCGACUUAAGCAUCUUCUCCUCUCUCAAAGCUUUGUUGAUCCUUGAAAUUUCUAAAAAUAGGUUAUUACCAGCCAGUUUAAGUUCAGAUUCAGGCAUCCCAUUGAGCUUAGAAGGCUUAAUUAUGUCUCAAUGUGACAUUAUUGAGUUCCCAAACAUCUUUAAGACCCUCCAAAACUUGCAACAUGUAGUCAUAUCCAACAAUAGAAUUAAAGGGAAAGUCCCUGAGUGGUUCUGGAAGCUACCUCGUCUUAGCAUAGUGGGUCUUGUCAACAAUUCUUUUACCGGUUUCGAAGGUUCUUCGGAGGUUUUGCUUAAUUCGUCGGUGCAGAUACUAGAUUUUGCCUAUAACUCUAUGACAGGAGCAUUUCCUCUUCCACCACCUAAUAUUAUCUACUUGUCUGCGUGGAACAAUAGUUUCACAGGGAACAUACCUCUCUCCAUUUGUAACCGAAGCUCUCUCGUUGUUUUUGAUCUAUCCUACAACAACUUCACCGGUCCAAUUCCUCGAUGCUUGAGUAACUUAAAGAUAGUGAAUCUCAGGAAGAACAGUUUGGAAGGAAGUAUACCUGACGAGUUCUAUAGCGGCGCUUCGACACAAACGCUUGAUGUUGGCUACAAUCGACUAACCGGGAAGCUUCCAAGAUCGCUUUUAAAUUGCUCCUUUCUCAAGUUUCUAAGUGUUGACAACAACAGAAUCGAAGACACGUUUCCUUUCUGGCUCAAGGCUGUACCCAAUUUGCAGGUCUUUACUCUCCGUUCAAACAGAUUCUUUGGCCAUCUCUCUCCUCCUGAUCAAGGCCCUCUGGCCUUUCCCGAGCUGCGAAUACUUGAAUUAUCGGAUAACAGCUUUACCGGAAGCUUGCCACCAAGUUACUUUGUUAACUGGCAAGCAUCAUCAGUCAAGAUAAAUGAAGAUGGGCGUAUAUAUAUGGGAGACUACAAGAAUGCUUAUUAUAUCUAUGAGGAUACUAUGGAUUUGCAAUACAAAGGUCUAUUUAUGGAGCAGGGGAAAGUGCUUACUUCCUACACUACCAUUGACUUCUCUGGAAACAAACUUGAAGGUGAAAUUCCUGAGUCCAUUGGUCUCUUGAAGGGAUUGAUUGCACUCAACUUAUCAAACAACGCCUUCUCAGGCCAAAUUCCUCUGUCUUUAGCAAAUGUCACGGAGCUGGAGUCACUAGAUCUGUCAAGAAACCAACUAUCAGGGAAUAUUCCAAGAGAACUCGGGAGCCUCUCGUUUUUGGCGUACAUAAGCGUGGCUCAUAACCAACUCAAAGGUAAAAUACCACAAGGACCACAGAUUACUGGGCAACCUAAAUCAUCAUUUGAAGGGAAUGUAGGUCUGUGUGGUCUUCCUCUACAAGGAAGUUGCUUUGCGCCACCAACGCAACAGCCUGAGGAAGAAGACGAAGAGGAAGAGGAACAAGUGUUAAACUGGAAAGCAGUGGUUAUAGGGUAUUUGCCAGGAUUAUUAUUUGGGUUCGUAAUAGCACACGUUAUUGCUUCAUACAGGCCGAAGUGGUUUGUUAAGUUAGUUGGUCCGGAUAAGCAAAAGAAAGCAGAUAAUUCAGUUAGUUUGUUUAUGUCUAUGGAUUCGAGAUGGGAGAGUUUUAAUAGUAAGAACAGUGUAGAAAGUGAGAUGUAAAUAUAGUAUGUUGAUAUUUUUAAACUGAUGUAAGAA